AUGGUAGGAGUGAUAAGUAUUAGUGACAAUGUUAGAGAACUUGAUGUAUUUCCUCCAAUUAUGAAUUUAAUUUCUCGAAGUAUCAUUCGUAAUAUAUCGAAUGAUUUAUGGAUGGCAACAGAAACGAUGGAUGUAUUGAAUUAUGAUUGGAAUGUUAAGUGGUAUCAUUCGAUGCCGAUUGAUCAUUUCAGUUAUCGAGCUGUUGAAAUUUUUAGUCUUAAGUAUUUAGUAAAUUAUUCCUAUUUUCACUGUGGUGGACCACUAUUUUUCUAUGUUGGCAACGAAGGUGCUGUUGAAUCAUUUGCACAAAAUACGGGUAUUAUGUGGGAUCUAGCACCAAGCUUUCAUGCUGCUAUCGUAUUCGCAGAACAUCGAUAUUACGGUGAAUCAAAACCAUACGGAGAACGAAGUUAUACGAGUGUUUCACGAUUGGGAUAUUUAAAUGAUAUCCAAGCAUUGGCUGACUUUGCAGAAUUAAUUUCGUUCCUAAGAACUGAUCAAGGGGAACUUGGCUUUUGUCCAACUGGUACCGAAAUACCGGUUAUCGUAUUCGGUGGUUCAUAUGGUGGCAUACUUGCUGCAUGGUUUCGCAUGAAAUACCCGCAUAUUGUAGAUGGAGCUUGGGCAUCCUCAGCUCCGAUAAGGAAUUUUUAUGGAACAGGUGUAAAUCCGGAUCGUGUGAGUAACAUAACAACAACCAAUUAUGUAAAUAGUGGAUGUGAUCGGGAAGUAUUUUCAAAAGGAUUCUCCGCAAUUGAGAAAUUAUCAGAAACAGAAGAAGGUCGAAAGAAAUUGAAUCGAAUAUUUCACUCAGAACCAGGCUAUGAAAUGGAAAGCUCUCAUGAUUUCAUAAAUCUCUAUUCCUAUAUUUAUGCUGCUAUUUUUUACAUGGCUAUGAGUGAUUAUCCAUAUCCAACUAAUUUCCUCACACCUUUACCUGGUUAUCCGGUUAAGUAUGUUUGUCAAAAUGCUACGAAAGCUAAAACAAGUGAUGAAGGAUUGGCAGAACAAUUAUAUAACAUAAUUAAUGUUUAUUAUAACUAUACGGGACAGCUUAGUUAUCAUUGUUUCACAGACGGUUGUCAAAAAUUGACACCUUUCCAUAAUCAUGAUGAAGAUACUGCUUGGAAUUGGCAAUGUUGUACAUCAUUGACAGUGCAAACUUGUGAUCGAGGUGGAGAAAAUGAUUUUUUCUUGAAUACCUGUGGUAAUUCAGACAGCUUAAUCAAUACCGAUAUGAAAUAUUGCACUAAAUUAUUUGAAAAUAUUGGUUACAAUAGUAAUUUCUUCAAAUAUGAAGAUGCAAUGAUACGUUAUGGAAUGACAUAUAAUGCUACGAGCAAUAUUAUAUUUUCGAACGGUAAGUUAGAUCCAUGGUCCGGUGGUGGUAUUUACGAAAAUUCACCUGGUAUUAUGGAAGCAAUGAAGAAAGGUGUUUACAUUUUUCAUAUGUCAGAUGCAGCACAUCAUCUUGAUUUGCGUGCACCAAAUACAUGUGAUCCACCAUCUGUGACAUAUGAACGAUUUCAGGUUGUAAACAUAUUAAAAUGUUGGGUUUAUAAAAAUUGUACUGAACUACCAAAAUCUAAUCCACUACCGGAUAAUAUUGAUUGGCAAGUACCACAUAAUUGUCAAUUUAUCAAAUACGGCUAUCCAUGGGGAUAUAUGCAAUCGAAGAAGUGA